AUGUCCAAGUUCCUGGCUGAACUAUACGGAUCACCCUCUUCUUCCGAUGAUGAAGAAUAUGCCAGUUCCAAUGAUGAGUUUAUGAGUAUGGAAGAGCAAAGAGCCUUGUACCGAAGUUUAUCAGAAGAAGCAGUGGAAGAAAGUGAGAAUGAAGAUGUUGAUGAUGAUCCAUCACGACCUUCUUUAUCAGCAACCAAUGUGGAAGAAUUAAUUUCUUCUGGGUGUUCAGCUCCCAAGAAAGCCUCUUUCAAAAACCAGUUGAAAAGAUCCAAAUCAAGAAAGAGACAUUCUUCUGAAUCAAAAAUCAUCAUUGAAGUCCAGGAGCAAGUAGAAGAGAAGGACGAUCUAGCUCCAAUAAUGGAUAGAAAGUGGAAUAGUAUUUAUGAAAAUCAUUUUGAAAAUUUUCAAAACCGUGGCACCAUGAUUCGGAAAUUACCUCUGCAAUAUGUGGAAUUGGAAAAGAUGUCUUUUGAAAAAGUUAGUUAUGUUUCAGAUGAUUUUCAAAAUCAUGACAUUAUGAAAGAGAAAUCUCAAACGACAGUCUCUGCUAAUGCAGCCCGUAUUGAUAGUUCAAUUUUAAUAGCCUGCCCGAUGAUGCCCUAUAUAUUUUAUGCAAGUGGUGUCAAGGAUGGAAAAGAAUAUCCCACAUUUAUUGCGUACGAUUCAAAGGUAAAGAAAUGGUCUAAUUUUACAGAAAUCUAUUACGGAAUGCAAGAGCGUUUUGGCCGCCGAUUUUUCAACUUUAUACCAGCCGUCAACAAGGACACUAUUCUAGUAUCUUUAGGGGAUGCAUUAUUCUGUUUCGAUUUUCACACAUCUUUUAUCUUAUGUGAUCCAGACAAAUUUCUAGUUAAAGAGCCACAUAAUGAGUUGUCACAUUGGAGAAAGACCUCUCUUUCUCUAAAAACAAAAGAGGUAGUGGAAACGACAAACCAUUCAUACAGUUACUAUGGUAAUCGAGUUUGGAUUUUUGGAGGAAGAAAUGUCCAUUCCGGUGUAUUAACAAAUCAGCUUGUUGAGUGCACAAUUGCCGUAUCACCUUCAUGUGUAAAAAGAGAGAGAAUUUAUGGCUCAGAUCCACCUUUACCACGAGAGAACCAUGCUCAAUGCCAAAUUGGAAAUGAUGUUUAUAUUUACGGAGGAAAUUAUAUGAAACCACAUCAAUUAUUGAAUGACCUUCACGUGUUUAACACAAUGAUUAUGCCAUUUCUCUUAAACAUCCCUUAG